AUGUGCGCGCCACACAUGGGCUCUGCUGUGAAGUGCGGGUUGAAGGUUUGGAGACCUUGGAGUAUCUUAGACAACUCGCAAUCCAAGAAUCGUUGUACUGAACAAGGAGAUGCAGUUGUAUUUGAGUCUGAAGUAAGAUCAAUGACUUUUGGUGUUUUCAUUUGCAUCAAGUGCUCAGGAGCUCAUAGAAGUCUUGGAGUACACAUAUCCAAGGUCUGCAAUCUUGUGUGGUCAAAGAAUGUAAAUGAUCUUGUUAGUACCCACGGAUACUCUCAAAACCAAAUAAUUGUUUGGAGAUAUCCAACAAUGUCUAAGCUUGCCACUUUGACAGGCCAUACAUACAAAGUAUUGUAUCUAGCUAUUUCCCCUGAUGGACAGACCAUUUUUAAUGGUGCUGGUGAUGAAACACUCUGGUUUUGGAACGUGUUCCUAUCCCCAAACUCUCAGAGUUCUGACAGUUUAAGUUGCAUCGGAGAAAAGUAAUUUGCUUGGCUCAUAAGAUUAUUGCAGGCUUGCAGUAUAUGUUGAUGAUCAUGACAUCAUUCCAUUUGCAACACCCAUGCCACCAGGUCAUCAACCAUCAAAGCUAGCCGAAUGUUUGAGAUAGCAUGAUGCAUUGCAAUGAACUAGCUUGCGAAUCCUUUCAUGGCUCUUUUGCUGGGAGUGUACAUAUUUAUCAGAGCAGAGUGGUGCUGUAGGAGUGAACAUUGCUGAGGCUUUGAAUAUCAGCAUUGUUCCAAUUGAUAAGAAUAUGCCCUCUUGUUUUUGCUCCCUUUUGCGAGUCAAACCUGGAGCUGUUUCUGUAAUCUGCUAGCAGCUAACCUAUUCAAAACACUUACUAACUCAUGAUGCCCAUGUUGGCAUGGUGUAAAAUGAGAAUACAUCUAUUCCAGAUUCAUUGUUACUGUCUUGAAA